AUGGGCAAAGAUGAGUUGUGCUAUAUCGGGAAUCUUCAAAAUAAGAAACGUUAUGAUCAGCUGCCCUAUGGCCGAGUGAUUAGUGCAACAAACCAGUUUUCAUCCAGCUCACCGAUUGAAGUCAGUGCGGAUUCUGACACGACCGGUCCAGAUGCAACGACAAAACCAACUGAGGCAGUAACAGAACCGACCACAAAACCGACAGAUCCAACUCCAGCUAAGCCAUCACCGGAGCAGAAAAACCCGCCUGCAAUUCCAAGUGCACCGGAAACAGCUGGGGCAGGUCAGCAGAGCCAACCAUCCGGGACUGGUGCACAAAAGAACGGGCAAGCAGAACAUGGUGACCAAGGUGAACCACCAAAUGAAAGAAAAGCUGCUCUCAGCUCUGUGCUUCUAAGAAAGGCCAGGGAUAAUUCCGGAACAGCUGGAUCAAACGACGUAAUUGUGUACUACGUAUUAGCGUUCCGUGCCAGCAAGAUCGUCGCACAAACUGCACAGGAUUGUAAAGAAGUUAAUGCAACAAAUGAAGUUCAGAAGUUGGUUGUAUUGAGCAAUGCCACGGGUUGUCAAUACCGUGUCAAAUCGGAGUCUGUUAAAGCGGUGAAAGUGUUUGUUACUGCGACGAGUGGAACCAAAUGUGUGAAGGUAUCCAGUGAUGGGAAAUCGGAAACCCUAUGUCCAUCAGGUUCAACGAAUCAUUUUACAUCCAGCUCACCGAUUGACGUGAGUGCAGAUUCUGACACGACUGGUUCAGAUGCAACAUCCGCACCUACGACAGCAGCUACGGAAGCACCUGGACCAACAACGAAACCAAAGCCUGAAGAUGAUGAAGAUUCGAAAAAAACGGACCCAUCAGGUGAACACGGAAAGGGUGUGAGUUCAGAAAAGGAAUUGGGAGAGAAGGCUGAUAGGGAAGAAGCUGGUUCGAGCAGUAGCGAUGGAGGUGCAGGACAGUCGAGUGGAAAAGACCAAAGACCAGCUGAAAAAGAAACAUCCGCGGCAAAUUCAGCUGGUGAUCGUGUUCACCUUAUCAGACUGGCCAGAGAAGCUUCUGAAAUCGAAGGACCUGAUGACGUAAUUGUGUAUUACGUAUUGGCACAAGGUCCACAGAGCUGUAAAUACGUUGUCGCAUCGAAUGAAGUACAGAAGGUCACGGUAUUGGGCAGCGACACCGGUUGUCAGUACCGUGUCAAAUCGGAUUCCGGUAAAGCGGUGAAGGUCUACGUUAAUGCAACGAGUGGAACGAAGUGUGUGAAGGUUUCUAGUGAGGGGACGUCCGAGACGCUCGGUCCAUUACUUGCAACAAACCAGUUUUCAUCCAGCUCACCGAUUGAAGUGAGUGCGGAUUCCGACACGACUAAUUCAGAGGCACCAACGGCAACAGUACCCGAUGCAGCAACUGAACGGAACACAACACCUGCAGAUUCACCAUAUCCCAAACCACCAGGGGAUAAUGAACAGAGUGACCAAUCGCGAGAUCCACAAAAACCACCGGCAGGUUGUCAACACAACCAAGCAUCAGGGACUAAUGUACAACCAGACGAACACGUAGAAGUUUCCAUGCAAUAUGCUUUCUAUCAUUGGCUGAGAAUUGUCAAGCGGUUACGGCUUCUACGGACGAAAAGAGCCUUGUUGUCAAAAGCACUAGCACUGGCUGCCAGUACUAUAUCCAUUCGGAUUACGGUGAAGCCUCAACCACAAGAUACACAGAGUUGUAAAGACGUUGUCGCAUCGAAUGAAGUGCAGAAGGUCACCGUAUUGGGCAGUGGCAACGGGUGUCAGUACCGCGUCAAAUCGGAUUCCGGUAAAGCGGUGAAGGUGUACGUUAAUGCAACGAGUGGAGCGAAAUGUGUGAAGGUGUCCAGUGAUGGGAAAUCAGAAACGCUGUGUCCAUCAGGUGUAACAAAUCAGUUCGUGUCCAGCUCACCGAUUGAAGUGAGUGCGAAUUCCGACACAACUACUUCAGAGGCCACAGCGACCGAACAAACCGAAGUACCGCCGGAACCGAUCACACAACCUACAGAACAAACUGGAGGAAAAACUUCGGAAGAUAAAUCGCAGAAAGAUCCAUCGUCCAGACUGCCGGAUUCAGAAUCGCCAGCAGCAGUGGAAGAACCAAGACUACCGUUGAAGAAUGAUGCACGACAAAAUGUCGAAUUAGGAAAUAAUGACAAACAACCCAAGGUAGAAACCGCUGCGCUGAGUCCUGCGCUUUUGAGAAAAGUCAGAGCUCCUUCGGAGACCAAUGGACCUGACGACGUAAUCGUGUACUACGUAUUAGACGGUGUAUCUACGUCGAAUCCUCCAGUAUUGCUCAUUUUUGAGCUUGUUGCUCUUCUUAUCAAUGGCAGUAUAUAG